AUGGAGCCGAAAUGGAUUAUGCGAUGGCAAAAACCAAAGUUCGUUGGUGACGAAAUGCGUCAUAAGAUGAACCGUGCCGAGCAGAAGCUCACCGGUAGAGGAAAGACAAACUACCGCAGUAGCUCUCCUUACGAGGGCAAUGACUACGGCAACGACUCGUACUCGAACCAAAGCGGUAACGGACUCUCUGACUACAGCAGCAGAAACAGCGGUGUCGAAGAGACCGGCUACACUACGCAAGGUUAUAAUGGCAUUUCUUCGCCAAGAAACACGAACACAUAUCAAAGUCAGAGUGGACGUGACACCUUGGGAACAGCAGGUGACAACUCUCAGUCAAGAACGAGAUCCACUUCGCAGCCAAAGUCGCACAGCAAGAUGUUUGGCGCCGAUGAUUACGGUAACUCGGACAACACUUAUGGUACCACCAGCGGCGGUUUUGAGAGUGGCCGUUAUUCUAGCAACACUGGCAACACUGGUGCAGAUGCCGACACUGGCGCUUAUGGGUCCAGCGGAUAUGGCUAUGACAAUUCUAACGCCUCCGGUGCUCGCAAGUACACUGGUAACGACGAGUCGAACUAUGGCACAUCUGGCCAAGGUUACGGAUCCAGCCGUACCAACCAAACUGCUUCUUAUGGCAAUCAACAAUCAACCGGUUACGGUGCCGAUGUUGCAGGUCAAAAGCCUUAUGGAACGGGCCACACUGGCGCCAGUCAAUACGCUACCAGCGCCGUUGGCCGUGACCGAGUUCCCACUGGAAGUGGCUCCUACACCCAGGACAGUUCGAACAUCCACAGCGGUCAAUACGGCACCCAUGGCUCAAACUAUGCUGGCGCCGAGGAGCAUACCGCAUCCUUCACCGACCGCAUGAAGGGCAGCAUGGAGAAGAUGAUGGGCAAGGUCUCCAACAACCCUGAGAGAAUUCAAAAGGGUGAGGACUUAAAGCAUGGCCGCAAGUUUUAA